CCAAAGGCUCGCGGCAUCUGGGACCUGGCAGGCCGUGGCUCCUUCAGCCAACGUGCCCCCAUCAGCCUCCCGCCCUGCACCCCCUCAUCCCCAGAGAGACUGCAGCCCCCCAGGGACGGGCGCCCUCGGCCCACCGCGGUGCACCUGACCCAGUAACCUUGUCAACGCCGGGGAACGGGGAAGGAUUUUCUCCCAGCACCCCAGGGCUCCUGGAGCUCACGUGCCCUUCCUCCCCAUACCCAGCGUGGCACCCGGUGCCGCAGACAUCAAGGGGAACAGAGAAGGCAAACAGCCCAGGCCCGGGCCCCAGGUGGCUCUGAGUGAUGGAGGAAGGGCAUCAGGAGGCAGUCGCAUCUGAUGGGGACGGUGGAGGAAAGAGAGGGAACCUUCAGUGAGCGGGAACCAAGGAAGGUUUCCCAGAAGAGGUGGCAUUUGAACAGAGCCUCCCAAGAAAAAAGAGGCUCUGGGGACUGAGGGAAGGGAAGCAAGGACAUUCCAGAAGAGGGAAGAGCACGGACAACUGCCCUGAUGGUGGGUGUGAGUGUGGCCAUGUUUGGGGGAUCAGAGAGGAAUGGAGAGCGCCGUGGUCCUUUCCUGCAGGGGGAGGUGGAUGGGGGCCUGGUGUGGGGGGGCUCAGGUGUGUCUGUAAGGCCCUUCCUCCCCUCCCUCCACCUGGACUGGUCAAAAGCAGCCACAGGUGGCCGCAGCCAUUUCCGCCUGUAUGAUGGGGGGUGAUAGCACCCCUCCACCACCGGGAUGAGAGAUGCUCCCUGUGUCCCCUUCUUCACCUCCAUCCCCUCGGACCCAUAGCCCCUCAAAGCUGGCCAGGCUGGUCUCCCCAGCUGCUUCCUGAGCCAGCCACUCACCAGAGGAAGCACUCAGACAUUCUGCCCCUCCCAGCGCCCCCCCACCAGGGUCCAAGGCGCCUCCCAGGCCCAUCUCGAGGUGCACAGGGUCAGGCUGCUGCUGUUCCCCACUGAGGACACCCUUGUCCACAAGGGAACUCAGGGCAGGUCGGCUUCAGCAGCCUGGGCCAACCCUCUGUCCAUCUGUCUGCCCAGCAGUCACCAGGCCCUUCUGCCAGCAAGGGUGGGAAGGUGGCCUUGCGUGCCCAGCGAGGGGUAGCACUGUGACUAGUCGUCCCCGGGUCUGUGGCUCUGCCAUGCCAGCUCCCGCUGGGGCAGUCACUGGCCCUGCUGGCAGCCGGCAGCCGGCCAGGAGAGCCAACCGGGAGGCAGGUAAUUCCCUCUUCCACAGUCUCUCGGCUUAAACACUUUGGCAGGCCUAUGGGCUGUGGUGGCCCUCCCUCCCCACUGCCGUCCUUUCACACAGGUGCCCCGGGAGGGGGUGGUGGCCCCAGGAGAGGCCAGCAGAUCUGGCUCUCAUCUCAUCCUACCCCCAGACUUGCUGUGUGAUCUUGGAAGAGUUGCUUAGCCUCUCUGGACUCCCGUUUUCUCGUCCCUAGGACAGGGGCACUCCCCAGCCUCAGGCUGGCAAUGAGCCUUUGUGUCAGAACAAGAGCAGCUUGUCAGCCAAAAAUGCCCUGUGUGUGACCAAGUCACAGCCACGCCCCUACUCGCUGGGCCUCCAGGCAAGUCCUGCCCCUUCCCUGGGCCUCAGUUUCUCCCAGGCCCCAACUUCCUGCUACUCUUCUGAAAACUCACCUGCCAGGAGCCCCGCUGUGGAGGGGCCUUUUGGAAUGGGGACUGGCUGAGGGCUGGGAUGGGGACUCCCACAGGAUGGGCUGUGGUCCAGGCACCCAGGGCAGACUGGUGGUUUCUGGAUGCUUCCAAGGGCACCGGCCCGUCCUGCCCUGCUCUGUUCACUCGGCAGCAUUGGGGCCAUUGGCCAAGGGUGAAAACUGGGGCCGGAAUCUCAAAGUCCCGUCCACCCAGAGACCCAGCCAGUGCCCUGCCCGCCACCCCUCCUCCACAGCGUGCUGGGGCCCCAGCUCAGGAGACCAGGGUCAAGCACAGCCCAUCUUACCGAUGGGAACACAGGGGCUCCUGGUAGUGGCGACCAUUGUGCAGGGCACAGCCCAGGGCUGAGAGCUUCUCCGCUUCCCCCUCAACUUGUCAAGUCAGCCCUUGAAGUCCUUUUUUGGGGGGUGGGGUGCAAAAUUUGAUCCUUAGUAAAUUUUCUUCUGAUUUCUCAUCACUAUAGGGAAUAUGACAAAUCUAGGAAAGUAUGGAAGAACAUUUUCAGAUUACCCAGGACCCCACCACCCACCCAUGGCAACAUUAACUCUUCCUUCCCUACCCUACCCUUUGUGGCUGUCGGUAUACAGAUCUUUUUAAACGGGAUUACACUGCUCUCUCAACACCCGUGUCUCUAGUGUUUUUUGGAAGCCUGGUUUCCAGGGCUGCAUCCUCUCCUCAGAUCUCCGCUCUGGCUCUGGGGCCAGUGAGGCCACCAGAAUGUCCCUGGAGAGACUGGCACCAAAGAAGGGCAGGGCAGACCUGGGUCCCCUCCCACAUCCAUCCAGCCAAUCCCGCUCCCCUCCAGCCCGCCCACUGCCCGGCCCAGACAGGCCGCGGACAGAGUUGGAGGAGAAGGGGUCCCGGGAGGGUCAAGUGGGCCCUGCCUGACCUGGAUCCCUAACUUCUGCCAGGUCCCUCAGCCCCCAGGACACCCCUCCCCUGUCUAGACACGUGAGCCCAUCUCAGUGCCCAGCACAGGUGAGGCCUGGCGUCACGCUGUCCCUCCAUGCUCUUUGCCUCCUGGGAUCUCUCACCAAUGGGUCCUUCAGGUGGGAGCCCAGAGCUGUGGGGACCCUGCCCCCACGACUCUUCUCUGAGGCUGAGACCACGGGGCAGGCCUGCCGGGGGUGAGACGCAGUGCCGCCGCUGGGCUUAGGCAGCCAGAGCUGGCAGGUGCACCGGCUGGGCCCCCCCAUACCCCCACCCGCACCCCAACACCUUGCUGACCAUAAGGAGGCCUGCUGCCCGUGGGGGGGGUUCCACACCUCUCUCUCUGUCUGUACCCAUGGCCUGCGGCCCCACCCCCACGCUGAGCAGCUCUGUCCUCUUCGCCCACAGGCUGCGCAGCCCCUGGGUGCCCUCGUGCCUUGGGCAGCCCCGCAUCCUGCAGGGCCGACUGGCCAGGUCCUCGCCCUCGCUCUGGGACAGCGCGCUGCAGGAGCAGAAGGGCGAGCUGCGCAAGCGGCUGUCCUACACCACGCACAAGCUCGAGAAGCUCGAGACCGAGUUCGACUCCACGCGCCACUACCUGGAGAUCGAGCUGCGGCGCGCGCAGGAGGAGCUCGAGAAGGUCACGGAGAAGCUGCGCAGGAUUCAGAGCAACUACAUGGCGCUGCAGAGGAUCAACCAGGAGCUGGAAGACAAGCUGUACCGCAUGGGCCAACACUAUGAGGAAGAGAAGCGAGCAUUGAGCCACGAGAUUGUUGCCCUCAACAGCCACCUGCUGGAGGCCAAGGUGACCAUCGACAAGCUGUCGGAGGACAACGAGCUCUAUAGGAAGGACUGCAAUCUGGCGGCCCAGCUGCUGCAGUGCGGCCAGACCUACGGCAGGGUCCAUAAGGUGUCUGAGCUGCCCUCCGACUUCCAGGAGCGCGUGAGCCUGCACAUGGAGAAGCAUGGCUGCAGCCUGCCCUCCCCGCUCUGCCACCCGGCCUAUGCCGACAGCGUCCCCACCUGCGUCAUUGCCAAGGUGCUGGAGAAGCCUGACCCCACCAGCCUGUCCUCCCGCCUGUCUGAUGCCUCAGCCCGCGACCUGGCCUUCCGGGAUGGGGUGGAGAAGCAGGGCCCCCAGCCCCCCUACAAGGGGGACAUCUACUGCAGCGACACGGCCCUCUACUGCCCCGAGGAGCGGCGGCGCACCCGGCGGCCCAGCGUGGACGCGCCCGUGACCGACGUGGGCUUCCUGCGGGCCCAGAACUCCACCGACAGCGCGGCCGAGGAGGAGGAGGCCGAGGCCGCCGCCUUCCCCGCAGGCUUCCGGCAUGAGGCCUUCCCAGGCUACGCAGGCUCACUGCCCACGUCCAGCUCCUACUCCAGCUUCAGCGCCACGUCGGAGGAGAAGGAGCAUGCCCAGGCCAGCACGCUCACUGCCUCGCAACAGGCCAUCUACCUGAACAGCCGCGACGAGCUCUUCGACCGCAAGCCUCCCGCCACUGCCUAUGAGGGCAGCCCACGCUUCGCCAAGGCCACGGCCAGCGUGGCUGCACCCCUCGAGGCCGAGGUGGCCCCGGGGUUUGCGCGGACCAUGUCUCCGUACCCAGCCGAGCCCUUCCGCUUCCCAGCUUCCCCAGGCCCCCAGCAGGCCCUGAUGCCCCCAAACCUGUGGAGCCUGCGGGCCAAGCCAGGGACGGCCCGGCUCCCGGGGGAGGACGCGCGGGGCCAGUGGCGGCCCCUGAGCGUGGAGGACAUUGGCGCCUACUCCUACCCCGCCACCACCGCCGGCCGCGCCUCGCCCUGCAGCUUCUCAGAACGCUACUAUGGCAGUGGGGGCAGCCCGGGCAAGAAGGCCGAGGGCCGCGCCAGCCCCCUCUAUGCCACCUACAAGGCCGACAGCUUCUCGGAGGGUGACGACCUCUCCCAGGGCCACCUGGCAGAGCCCCGCUUCCUCCGGGCCGGCGGCGACCUGAGCCUGAGCCCCGGCCGUGCAGCCGACCCGCUGCCUGGCUACGCUCCCAGCCAGGGGGACGCGGAGAGGCUGGGGGUGCAGUUGUGCGGGGCGGGCGGCAGCCCCGAGCCCGAGCACAGCCCCCACAGUUCCAGGGAGUCCUUGGAGCCCAGCUCCAUGGAGGCCUCCCCGGAAAUGCACCCCGCUGCCCGCCUCAGCCCCCAGCCAGCCUUCCCGCGGACUGGUGGCUCGGGGCUCAGCCGCAAGGACAGCCUCACAAAAGCCCAGCUGUACGGAACCUUGCUCAACUGAGCGCCUGCCUGCAGGCCGCGGCCACGGGGCCAUCACCCACCCCGAGGGCACAGCUUGCCUCUCCCCAGACACCCGUCCUCCCCAGCCCCCACCACCCAGGACCCUCUCUUCCACCCAACCCAGUCGAGCCUGAGAGGAGGACCCCUCCCCACACCAUCUUGUCCAUCCCAGCCCCACCACGGUGGAACGUUUUUCACACCCCAACAUCCUUCCCCACCUGAGAUGAGCAUUCCCCCCUUUUAUAAAGUGAAACUAUUUUUAUAGAGAAAAAGGGUCUUUCUUAACGCACUUGGCCUCCAGCUCCCUGGACGGCAGCCUUGGCGUUUUCAACACAAAGCUCCUUUAUUUUUCGGGGAGGACAAGUGGGGCCUGCCCCUCGGAGGGGAAGGAUGGUGUCUUGUGGAGACACCCCCCAGUGAGCCGGUGACAAGGGAACCCGAAGCUCUGUCCACGAAGAGGGGAACUGGAAUGGGUGGAGGGAUGUGAAAUGUUUUUAAACUGUUUUCGCCGUGUGACCGAUACACCACCCCAGCUCUCCCGUGGUCCGUAGUCCCGAGUGGGGCCGGUGCUCGUCCCCCAGUGUCCCGCUCCCUGGCACCACCUCGCUCUACCUCAGACGU